CCACUGAACUGUCUAAAAUGUCAUAGGCACACAUGAAGUUGAUAUUUUGGUCGGUUUUUAUUAAAGCAGAAAAAGGUGGAUAUUUGUGAUAAAAAUGCUGUGCUACCGAGGCAUUUCAGUGAAAAAUGGUCUUUGUGCCAACGGAGUUGUGCUCAGACGCUUUGCGUCCAAUAGCCAAGCCGAAAAUGAGAGAAGCGAUGAAGAAUUCCGAACAUUGAACUUUUUCAAGAAACGAACUGCUGCGGUCAGAAAGAAAUAUGUCAGGCCACCUGUACCACCACCUAGGUCGAAGCAAAUGGCUGUCGAUCAAGAUUGGGGUAGUGUAUGGCCUGGUCCACGAAGUUUUCAUCCUGCAACGGUUCCUCUGCCCCUUCAUCAAGGCUAUGUGCCGAAGAAUACCGCGUCACCCGGUAAAUUUGCCAAUGCUGAACUGAUGAAAAUUCCGAACUUUCUCCAUCUAACACCACCGGUGAUCAAUGCCCAGUGCGAAGUUCUGAAGAAAUUCUGUACACCUUGGCCGGCUAACUUAGAAACGGACGAGAAGAUUGCACAACAUUUUCCCAUCGACGUUAUAACAUCAGACUACUGCCAUGCAUUACCAACCAUUCGAAAUCCGCUUUCUCGCAUUGUUAGUAUUAAGAUGAAAUUGUCAACACUAAAGUUAGACAAGCACGCUAAAGACAAAUUUCUGCGAUUGGUGGGCGAACGAUACAAUCCAGAAACGGACGAAUUAACAAUCGUUACCGAUCGGUGUCCAUUGCGUAAGCAAAACUACGACUAUGCUCAGUACUUGCUCACAGCUCUAUUCCAUGAAUCGUGGAUGAAGGAGCCAUGGGAAGACACCAAAUCCGAGGCUGAUAUGGAAGUGUACAUUUGGUCGCGUAACAAGUCGAAAGAAUCGUCCGAAGCGAUAUUGAACUGGGGUAUUACCGGUGAUCAGGCGUCGCCUCACUUGGAGUAUGGCCAGUGCGUGGAAACAUUAAUCAAUGAAGGCGAAAACAGCUAUAACGUCAACGACUAUAAACGAGAAGUUCUAAAAUUGUUGAAUUUGAAAGGCUACGAAACGGCAGCUUAGAAGAGCUGGGUGUAGAGUUGUACUUUAGAAUAAAGAAAAGAUUUUCAAUGA